AAAGGGUCACAAUUAAUGAGUAAGCCAUCAGUGGAAUGGAAUUCAUUAUUUGAAGGAAAGCUUUCCGGGAAUGUUUGUUACAGACGCCGAAUGCACGCCGCUUGAAGGAGUUACUAAACUUUUAGUCGAAAGCAGCAAGAAUAGGCUCGGAGUGCGACCAUGGCAUCGCUGGACGGCGCCGAGAUCGCGGUAUGGGUGUGCCAGGAAGAGAAGCUGGUGUGCGGUUUGACGAAGCGCACCAGCUGUGCCCAGGUGGUGCGGGCCUUACUGGAGGACCACCUCGCCAACGCUGGCGCCACCAGGCUGCUCCACGCACCUGCCAAAGACUACUGCAUCGUGGAGAAGUGGAGAGGCUUCGAAAGGCGCUUGCCCCCCGCCACCAAGCUGCUGAGGCUCUGGGCGUCCUGGGGAGAGGAGCAGCCCAACGUGCAUUUCGUCCUGGUCAAGGUUGGGGCUUCCCUGGCCGUGCCGGGGCUGAGGAGCGCAGAAGCCAAGGUGAUCCAGAACAAGGGAGGACAAGGGGAAUUGAGUGCCGCCCAGUAUAUCAACAGCCUGCCGGCCGAAAAGCAGAGGAGAAUGGUGCGCAAAGCUUUCAGGAAACUGGCCAAGAUGAAAAAGCUAAAGCAGGGCCGAGAAGGGAUUGAGACCUUGGUGCAUCUGAUCAUAUCUCAGGACCACACCAUCCGCCAACAGUUGCAGAGGAUGAGGGAGCUUGACGCCGAAAUUGACGGGUAUGAAUCGUGGACGCACUUGCAGCGGAUACAGAAGGAGGGCGAGAACUACGUCCAGGAGACUUACCUGCUGGAGAGCAGAGAGGGGGACGGACAGGGAGGUGAGAGAGCACCGCUUCAGGAGUACCUCAGCAAGAGAGACGCCACCUUCAAGAUGCAAGAGCAACUUGAGCAGCAGGGGGAAGCCAUCGAGAAACUGUCAGCGGAGAUCCAACUGGAGCUGAGCAGGCUGUGCGGGGGCGAUCUGGGCAAGGCGCGGGAUGUCCCCGGCUCCCCGGGCACCGGUCCGCCAGGGUGCGCGGCCGAGAUCAAGAGAGUCGAGAGCGAAUUGGAAGCCGCCAUGAGCGUCGCGCUGCAGCUCCAGCAAAACCUGACGGAGGUGCAGGAGAAAGUGAAACAGGAGGAGCAGGUGCUGACACAAAAGGCGGCCGAGUGCGACCAGUUGGCGGAACAGUUGCAGUCUUUGCACCUUGCAGAGGGCGGGGAGGGUGAUGCCCCGGAGUCCGAGCCGUGCACGCCUGCCAGUAAGUGCGCUUCGCCCCGAAAGACUGCCAAUGCACUCAAGAGUAGCUCGGAGCCUCCCUCCCCUUCCGAUGUGAAUGACACGGACUCAGACACGGGGAUCAGUUCUACGCACAGCCAGGACUCUGAGCCUUCCUGUGUAGAGGUUGUGCCCACUUCCACAAAUUGCUUUUAGAGAUCCUCGCCGCUUGUUAACGAAAUGAUCUUUUAGUGUGUGUGUGUGUGUGUGUGUGUGUGUGUGUAUGAGGAUACGACGUUUAAAAACACGUCCGACAUUCGGUUUGAAUGGUAACCGAGAAAAUGUAAUUUCAUCUCGCUGUGUCAACUAGUUGUUACUUGUCACUUUUUUUCAAAUGCAAGAAGCGUGAACGUUUACAAAUCUUUAAGAGAUAAGUCGGGACUGUCAUUGACUGUGUGGGUUCCAACAUUCCAGGCCCGGAACUUCGGAGAGUGAGGUGGAAAUUGCCUGUGCAUGUUCAUUCUCUUUUAAGACCAGGUGCCAUGGCAUAACAGUUUAUAAGAUUUCAAUACAAUCACUAGGGGAACUAAGAUGACUCUGAUGCAUACAUGCUUAUACGCACUCAUUCGCAUACAUGCCUUGGGUGUGAAAAUCAAGGAUUAGACAAACGAUUACUGGGACCCAGUGGUGCACAAGUAGAGAAUGCUUUAGAAAAAUAAACUCAGAUUUAAGUUGCGAAAGUCGUAAAGGUGACAACUUUACGGGGGACUUUAUAAACCGAUUUAAAAUGUAAAAGCACUUGGACGCCACACAUGUAAGAGUCAAAUGUUAUUGCGCAAAGAUAGCACCUUAAAAGUAAUGCGUAAAGUACCGAGCAAGUAGUUCGUGCGAUUUUCGGGGGAUGUACUGCAAAACCUGCAUCAGUGUAGCCCACCUAUCUGUACCGUUUCUUUUUGUGCGCUUGUGCGCUGCGUAUGUAUUGGCGUGAAGAGAAAUUAAUGGGUAUACACGGAUGCAAAUGCAGUGGGUUCCUGUUAAUUGGCACACAUCGGGAUCAGUACAUUUUGACUCAAUGAGCCCCAACUAGUCGAAACUUUACUUAAAUAAUAGAAAAGUAUAAAACUAACUACCAUUUAACUGAGUAAUACUGCUUGUAUUUAAAUGAAGUACAGAACUUCUGCGGUACUGCAGAACAGUGUAUUAGUGCCUAAUGGUUAUCGAUAGAGGAAUUCAACUACCCUAUCCUUUUGAUAUGACUGUAAGUGAACAAAAUCAGCGCAGAUACCUACUGCAGAUAAUGGACUGCCUUCAUACAAUGCUUUUAGAUCAUUACAUUCUCCAAGUCUUCAUUUUCAUUGUAACAUUCGAGACGAUUGUCGAUACUUUAGUAAUUCCUAACUUGUUGAAGUAGUGCAAUAUGUUCAUCUUCACUCCGGCUCUUUCUGGCAUCUCCAAGCCUGAAUGCUUGAAACCACAGUGAGCAAAACAGUUAAUUGUCUUACUGCUUAUUUCCCACCAACUACCAUUGACACAAUCACUGCUGUUUGAAUGCAAACACAUGUAACUGGUACUAUUUAAAAACUGAUAUUUGUAAGCAUAUGCCGUGUCUGACGACCAUGAAGGUGCAUUCAACUGACACUAGUUGGAAACUGUUCAGCAAGUUUCCUGUUGCAGUUAAGCAGCAUUGUGUCCCAACUAAUCAAAGGUAAUCCAGGCUAUUUUCUCAGUUUAGUUUUUGUUCUUUAAGUGUUGUCUCAAAUAAAGUCUGACUUGAUUAGCUGAUGGCCCAAUUAACUGGAAUCCACUGUAUAUACUCUAGAUAUGUUAUGCAAUGAACUGAAGUGAAUUGUAGUAAGUUUUAUAAUAACACUAUUCAGACAUAUUGUUGGCAGAUGCUAACAGUGAAUAGCAAGUUAUCAAGACUUUUAAUGAAUAGUUAAUGAAAACAAACAUUUAUUUUGAAGACUGGGUGAUUUUCUUGCAGUGUAUAUAUAGCCUACAUGUCAUAUAUGAUUUCCUAGAGUAAAAACUAUCAAUGUAAAUUAGUAAUAAUGCUGAAAAUUCAUUUUAAAGUUAUAUUUAUAUACAAAAGUGACACCAGAUAACUAUUUAUAAAGCAGCAAUAAAAAUAUUGAUUUAAAAAUUGGUUAUUUUCCAAUUUGCAGUAUUGAUAUAGCAGAGAAAAGUUUGUCUUUCCAAUCUGAGUAUUAAACUUCAUUGGAACAGAAUGAAAAUAGUUUAGAGUUUUGUGUCAGGAAUUGAACCUGCCUAACAUUACUUUCAUAUAUAUAAAUUAAGAAAAAAAAAGUCCAGCUGUUCUGUAACAGACAUAAAAUUCUUUUUGCCAGAUUUUCCCACGAGUUCUUCCCAGGUUAUGUUAAAGACACCUGGGGCAGAUGCACGUCUUGCAAGAACUAUAACCAUUAUGUGCACAUCAGAGAUUAGGGAAAAUACUUGCUCCCAAGCGUGAAGGUUAUUAUUUAAUAUUUAGUAGAAUUCUAAAACAAAUUAAAACAUUCUAAUUGUGAGUCUGUCUGCUGUAUUCAGGCCUCAGUAGGAUCCUAUAUGAUGUAAAAUACCUGACGUUGUUCAGCCAUGUAUGAGGUGGACAUGUUGCCUUUAUCACAGGGUUUUAGUCCUUAAAGCAAUUUUUCCUAUUAGUGCUGUAAACAGCGGAGACUCCUGUUUUGUAAUGUGUUGAAGCAGCCACACCUUCUGAACCUCAUCAUUGCAUUCUGAGUGACCAUGGUCAUUUUACAGACCUUAAAUCUAAAUACUGCCCAGAAGAAGGCAAUAGCAAACCACUUCUGUAGAAAACUUGCCAAGAACAAUCAUGGUCACAGAUAGAGAAAAGGAUAAGAACAACAGCAUGAAGGAGGUCUUCCCCACAGGCAUAGGUUAAAGACAGAUGGAAGACCAUGGUUCCCCACAUCGUACAACAUGGCACAUAACGAUGAUGAUGAUGAAAUCUCAAAGGUGGAGGAUAGUUCCUCUGGGCCAAGGGAUCACUGAACCUUACAAUCUAUCCAAUGUUUACUCAGCAAGGUUAUCUUGAGUCCUGACUGGGAAUUCCCCUCUAUGUCAGAUCUAGAUGGAGGUGAGGGAAUGCUCAAUCCAAUUGUGACUAAGACAUCAAUUUAUCAUGAGUAGCUAUUAUUUAUUAAGUAAGCAUUUGGAUUAACUUUAACCAAGCUAUUGUGCAUGUGAUACACAACUUUCUGAAAUACAUGAAUUUGUAUGAAGGACUGAUUGUUUAAUAAAACCAGGGUGUAUUAUAUUUCUCCAUUGAUAUGCAAGUUUGACAUUGAACCUUGCACAGGAUUAGACAGUGGAUAAUAUUUGAAGUCAGCAAGUGGGUACAACUUCUUUCAUAUCCUUCCUCUUGGAAUCUAAGGUUUUAAUUCUCAGUGUGAAUUGAUCAUGUCAUAUUACCUCUUCAGUAUUGAUAGCACAGCACACUGAGGCUUAGUCUUUACUUAGAUUUCAAAUAUUUAAAGUACAUUUAUAUUCAAAGAAUAUAUGCAGUAUACAACCCUGAGAUUUGUUUUCCCACAGACAGCCACGAAACAAAGAAAAUCAUGUAACCCAUCCAAAGAAAAACAUCACCCCCCUACGCAAAAAAAAUAGCGCAAACAGCAAAAAAGAGCAAUAAAUACAGAAUAUAAAACACCAGCUUAUAAAGUCGUCAAAAGAGUCCAAGCAUAUGCAGUUCAGUUCAAUCUAGUGCUGUGUCCUUGGUUAUGUGCCGGCCACCCUGAUUUUGAAAUUUCACACCUGUCCAUGGGGAAUUACUGCACUAAGGUCACUUUGCAUUGUCAAACCUGCACAGAUUAUGUUAGGAAUGAGAUAGAAUUAGAUCUUUUUUUUAGUCAGCAAUCAGAUGACAUUUUUCCCAACGGCUUUUAGGUAGCCCUGUAAUCAGUUCAAUUUCAGCCCGGAAAAAUGUGAAUCCUAUUUAGAGCGUGAAUAUUCUGUACAAUUGCAGAGGCAGUAAAGCUCAUCUCUUAAAUAUCUGCUAAUGCAACAGGUCAAUGUGUCUCAGGUGUCAGCCACUUUGAACACUGAAGCAAAUUACACAAAUUACAUGAGUUUGUGAAGAUGCUGGAAAUCCAGAGUAACACACACAAACUGCUGGAGGAACACGGCAGGUGAGUGGGCAUCAACAGAGAGAAAUAAAGAGCCGAUGUUUCAGGUCAAGACCCUUCACCAGGACUCAUCAUGAAGGUACUCGUCCUGAAACAUCAGCUCUUUAUUCCUCUCCGUAGGUGCUGCCUAACCUGCUGAGUUCCUCCGGCAUUUUGUGCAUUUUACACAACAAUACCUACCAUUUGCAUUACUUUCUAGUAUCUGGCAAAUUCAGAAAGAGAAAAAUGAUACCCUCAGUACAAUAAUUCAGGGUGCAGAAAUAUCAUAGAUAAUCCAUACUUUUUGUUCUCUUACAAAUGGAGAACAUGUAAAUCAUUUUCUUAUUUUGUGUAAUUAUGGUAGCCUGGAUAUUAAGUAACCAAAUUCUUGAACUGGAGACGUGCAUUAUGCUUGAGUGCUACCAUGGUAAUUGGAACACUUGAAUUCAAAUAAUAAAUCUGGAGAAAAAGGCUAUGGUCAGUAAUGGAGAUCAUGAAACUAUGAGCUAUCAGAAAAGGCCAAUUGAUUCACCAAUAUCCUUCAGAAAAAAGAGAUUUCAGUCCUUUCCUGGCAUGGACAACAUUAGAAAACUACAGCAAAAUGUAGUUCUUAAAUGUUGUCUUAGCUCUGCACUGUCCCAGACUGUGUAAGACAAUUUAUCAGUGGGUGAUGAAUACUGGUCUUUGCAACAGUUUCCAAUUCCCAUAAAUGACAGAUCAUUAUAGCUUGCAUGCCUACAAUAUUAAUUCCUUAUGUACUGUCAUACAGUUAGAAGUAUUUCAAAAGAGCAUGCAUUAAUGAGGAGAACUACUGUUUAAUUUCUUUAACUGAAAAUGCAAGACAUAAUAUUAGAAAGAGCAAAUUAUGGUAAGAUGACUAACUUCAAUUGUGUUAUCACUUAUAACUACUUAUUCUGCAGCCGAAAUGAGUCAUGAAAAUUAUAUUCACUGAAUCAUCAUCCAGUUGAAAUGUCCAUUGGUUACUAAUUUGAAGUUAAAUAUGAUUCUUUAAGGUAAGAUCAAAAGUUUAUGCAACAACUUUGACCUUGGUAAUUUCCACUUCUAAUAAAUGUCUCUAUGACAUGCCCCAGCUAAGUUUCCUAGUUCAGGGAACAGUAAAUAUCUGCCAUUGAACCCUCUGCCAAUAAUAGAUCCAUAAAAUGGAAAAGUCAUGACUUGUUUCUUGUCAGUUUUCUCCAAAGAAUUUAAUUGUGAUUAAAUACAACUUUGUGCAAAAGUUAAUGGCAGUUUUUUGUUUGUAUUUUGUUAUUUUAUGCGUUGUUUCACUUACUUUUUGUGAUUAACUUGUUAUGCUUUUCUUUAUCUUUUUCUCGAGGAAUUUUGUUACCUGCUGAACAAACCUAAGCAUUCAAAUAAAUAAAAUGACAACU